AUGACGAUGACGACGAUAAGCGAUAUUCCACCGAAGUUGGUAGGGAAGAAGAUACUGAGGAGGGUUCCGAUAACAUCUUUGGGAGCAGUGCGAUCUGCUUGCAAACUAUGGAACUCUUUAUCCAGAGAUUGGUUCUUGGGUAAAGCAGCAGCAAAGCAGCAGUUCCUAGGGUUCAUGACGAUGGAGUCCAAGGUUUGUUCAGUGAGAUUCGAUCUCUUCAAGGACAAGGACAGAGACGACCGUGGCUUGGUUGAUAUAUCUGUAAAGCAUGUAGCUGCGCUUGAUCAAGUCGAGAUAUCUAAAGUCCAUUACUGCAAAGGCUUAGUGUUAUGCGUCCUCAAGGACAGCUCUAGUCUCGUGGCUUGGAACCCGUAUCUGGGGCAAACAAGGAGGAUCAAGCCCAGUGUAGCUUUCCACACAAAUGACAUGUAUGCUCUCGGAUACGACAAGAAGAGCCGCAGCCACAAAAUCGUGAGGUAUUUGGAUGGUUUACACUCAACAUUCGGGACCGUCGACAGGUUAAGGUAUGAAAUCUACGAUUUCAGCUCUGAUGCAUGGAGGGUUCUUGACGUCACUCCCCACUGGAAUAUAGAGUGUUAUCAUCGCGGCGCAUCUUUGAAGGGAAACAGCUACUUUUUUGCUCAAGAAAAAGUACCUGAAAGUGUUGAAGUGGUUGAGUAUGAAAACUUUUUAAUCUGCUUUGAUUUUACAAGUGAGAGGUUUGGAAAGCGUCUUGCUCUUCCGUUUCAAUCUUACAUAGAAGAGACUGUGACACUGGCUUGUGUCAGAGAAGAGCAGCUCGCUGUGCUGUAUCAGCGGUGGGAAACAUUGCUUGAAGUCAUGCAGAUUUGGGUUACCACUAAGAUUGACCCCAACUCAGUCUCCUGGAGCAGGUUUCUGAAAGUGGACAUGAGACCACUCUGUGGUUUUCAGUUUGAAUAUCUAGCUGCGAGCUUCUUCAUUGACGAGGAGAAGAAAGUCGCUGUGGUUUUCGAUUUUGACAAGGACCUUGUGCACAACACAGCUUAUAUCGUCGGAGUUGAUGGAUACUUCAAGUCUGUGCGUCUCGGAGAAGCUCGGGAUCGCUGGUUCCGCCCACUUGUGUGCUCAUCUUCUUAUCUCCCAAGUUUAGUGCAGAUCAACAACCAAAGGCGCAAAAGGAAGAAACGAGAUGUUUAG